AUGAUGAGUAUUUCUGAGUCUGCGAGCUGGCCUUAUUGGAUAAUAAUUAUUCUUUUGUUGACAAUCGGAUGUGCAUUAAUAAUUGAAGUCAUUUACUUUAUUCGGGUGUUCUUUUGUGUCAUUCUUGCUCGAUUUAUUAAAAGAAAGAUUCAUAUUCUCGAAAAAUGUGCAAUUGGCGGUAUCUGCCUUACACGCGAUAUUGACGUAAUGUUGAGCCAUAUGAAUAAUGCAAGAUAUCUUCGUGAACUUGAUCUUGCACGAAUUGAUUUCUAUUUAAGAACUGGAUUAUAUGAUGAAAUGCGAAGGAAUAAAGGCCAAAUUGUUUUAUUUAACGCUAAUGUUAGAUUUAGGAGGUUUAUACCAAUUUUUGGGAAAUUUAAGAUAUCAACAAAAGUGCUGUAUUGGAAUGACGAUAAUUUAUUUUUGGAACACAAGUUUAUUGGAGCUAACGGAAUGAUUCAUGCGAUAUUUUUAUGCCAGCAAAUGUUUGUGAAAUGUUCAGGAGAAUCUAUAUUAGAGGCUUUAUUGAAGAAGGGAGAUCCAGUGCUGGAAAAGCCUGAAAUGCCUAUGGAAGUAUUAAAGUUUCUAGAGCUGCAAGACAUAUCCAGAAAAUCCCUCAGCAACUCUGUGUAG